AUGGACUUCACUACAUACCCACCCUCAGACUCUACGCCAUUCCUCCACGCCAUCCCAGCCGUCGUCACAUCUCGCGCGACCCUGGAGGCACUUGAUCAUAUUAAUCAUCGGAGCAUCCCAUUAUUGUGGUACCCGCGGGUGGGAAAGGCUGCAACCAACGAGCCCGUGAAAUUGCUAUGGGCGUGGCCCGAGUACGCAUUCGCCCCCGAAUGUUGCGACAGUGACAUCGGAAAUGUGCCGACUACCUCCAGCCCUGCCCAUAAAGCUGGAUAUCAGGGCAAGAGACACGACUCUGCUCAUCCGCCAUCACCGUCAAUGGAGGAUAUGCCGCUUACCUUCAGGGUACAGGACGAUGGAUCGACUGCCUCCAGGAUCCAGGAUGCCAGUCUCAGAACCACAUCAUCCUCACCACCCGCCCAGACCGCACCGACUACCUCCCGGGUCCACGAUCGUUCCGAGGGAAAACAAGCACUCGGACGAGCCCUAGUUUCCGUCCACGACCGCCGUCCAGAAGCAUGGCGUGAGGGCAUGGACGAUAUGGCUGAGAGAGGAGAGUGCAUAGAGACAUUGUUCAGCAUUCUCUCGCUGGGAUUACAGGCCGAAGGGUCGCGAGAUGUUUGA